UCGGGUCUGUUGUCUGCAAUUUAACCAGCACGUGGAGCUGCUAAAGGAAGAGUCAGCUGCGCGUUCUUUCAUGAACUUCGGAUGUUUAAAGUUCUUCAACGGUAGGAUUGUCCAAGUGUUUCAGAGUCACUAGAGUUGUGACUUUCCCCUUCUUAACUGGGGACAGAGCGGGACUAUAGACUUGCUGUUCUUCAUCCAUUCCCAACCCUGGCUCCUUUUCUGAUUCAGACAUUUUUUGAAGGAAUGUCUUCCAAGUGCUAGGCACCUGUGGGCUAGUGUGCCAAUGGAUGAGACAGUCACAGGAAGCAGUUGCGGAGGGUUUUGGAGCUACUGAGUGGAUGUGCGACAACAGCGUGUCUGAUGACACCAAGUUGUUGGUACUCCCUGCGAGGUAAUGGGGGUGGGGCACAAAGAAAUCAGCGGUAAAUCUCGCCCUUCAGGAAUCUGCGGUCUAAUCAUCAAUAACCAAAAAUCACUAUGCUAGAAGGAAAAAAAAAAGUUGCCGGAUAAAAGCACAGGUCUAGUUUUUUGUGACUUUCUCCAGAAGGGAAGAAAUUACAUCUUUCCUGGGCUCAGCCAGCCAGCCGGCCCCGACAACCGGGCUAGGCAGACAGGCUGCCCCACGGCCACACGCUGGCGCUUGAACUUUGAGUCGCCUUUCCCAGCCCCUGAGAAGCCCCGACACAAGCCGCAUUGGACGCGGCAGUGUGAGAUGGGGAGGACGGAAGGAAAGUCCUCCCGACGAGAGAGCAGCGGAGGCAGGGACAGGAGGCCGAUCUGGAGUCAGGCCUCGGAGUGAAGUCUGUGAGGAGGCCUAACACCGGCGGGCGCGGAGACAUUUCCUCGGGAGACAGGCGCUGUGGAGACUCCCCACAGGGCUCGGUGGGCUGGCGCUGUGUUCGGGUCCUGGUCCGGGUCCGAUUCUCAGUGAAGAGGAGCUCAUCGGAGGAGGACCUAGGUAAGCGAAAAGCAGACUAGAGAGGCGCGGUGGAGAAAGGCUCUGAAGAUGGCGGGGGAUAGGAUUUGGUUGUGCGGGCCGGCAAGCCUGACGACAUCAGCCAGUGAGGACCGGGGGCCUGAGGGCCCCGGCCGCUGGGGACACGAUGGCCCGCCUAAUGCGGAGGAAAGGGCCAGCGCCGAGCCCAGCGCGCGCUAACCGCUGAGAGGCCUCGGGAAGGCCCGCCCAGCGCCGCCACGCCCGUUCUCAUUGGUGCCUCGUAUUUCCCCGCGGAUUGGCUACCUCUAAAACGGACUUGCGCCCUACUUCCGGUGAGGCUUCUCAGGAAAGGCCGGAAGAGUGCGCUUGCGCGCGCGUCCCAAACUACGGCCGCUUCGGGGUACAGUGCAUGGGGCAUCGCACUCUGUCCUCCGUCCCGGCCCUCUGGGCCUCCAUCCCCUGUCCACGCUCUGAGCUGCGCCUGGACUUGGUUCUAGCUUCUGGACAAUCCUUCCGGUGGAAGGAGCAAAACCCUGCGCACUGGAGUGGCGUGCUGGCAGACCAGGUAUGGACACUGACCCAGACCGAGGAGCAGCUCUACUGCACUGUGUACCGAGGGGAAAAGGGCCAGGCUGGCAGGCCCACACCAGGAGAGCUAAAGGCCCUGCGCCAGUACUUCCAGCUGGAUGUCAGCCUGGCUCAAUUGUAUCGCCAUUGGAGUUCCAAGGACCCCCACUUCCAAAAAGUAGCUCAGAAAUUCCAAGGUGUUCGACUCCUACAACAGGAUCCCAUCGAGUGCCUUUUCUCCUUCAUCUGUUCCUCCAACAACAACAUUGCUCGCAUCACUGGCAUGGUGGAGCGGCUCUGCCAAGCCUUCGGACCUCGGCUCAUCCAGCUCGAUGAUGUCACCUACCAUGGCUUCCCCAGCCUGCAGGCCCUGGCUGGGCCAGAGGUGGAGGCUAAGCUCAGGAAGCUGGGCCUUGGGUACCGUGCCCGCUAUGUGAAUGCCAGUGCCCGAGCCAUCCUUGAAGAACAGGGGGGGUUGCCCUGGCUGCAGCAGCUGCGUAAGGCCCCCUACGAAGAGGCCCACAAGGCCCUCUGCACCCUGCCUGGAGUGGGCACCAAGGUGGCUGACUGCAUCUGCUUGAUGGCCCUAGACAAGCCCCAGGCCGUGCCCGUGGAUGUCCACGUGUGGCAGAUUGCCCAACGUGACUACAGUUGGCACCCCACAACAACCCAAGGCAAGGGUCCAAGCCCCCAGGCCAACAAGGAACUAGGAAACUUUUUCCGGAACUUGUGGGGACCUUAUGCUGGCUGGGCCCAAGCAGUGAGUAUACCUAGGCUUCCUCUCUUCCAGCCUAGACCCCAUAGGACUUCUCCCCAAGCCCUGGCCCAGGGACUCUUCUACGGCCUCUGCCCUAGGUGACCCUAAAGGAUUCUCUACCCUCCAUCCCCAGUCCUGACUCUAGUGGAUUUGUGUUGCCCUGGACCUGCUCCCCAGUAAUUCCAUUUCUCCCCACACUACCACCAGCCUACCAGCCUAAACCCAGUGUACCCUGUCCCCACAUAGACUCUUCCCCCUGCCCCUAGGUGCUGUUCAGUGCUGACCUACGCCAACACCACCAAGAGCCACCAGCAAAGCGCAGAAAGAGAUCCACAGGGCCCGAAGUCUAGGUGGGGGCACAGGACAAAGGGAUUCUCCCAGUACC